AGAGAGAGAGAGGGAUAGAGAGAAAGAGAGAGGGACUGAGAGAGAGGGAUAGAGAGAAAGAGAGAGCAGUAAAGGGAGGGGGCUGAUGGACGGAGACACUUGUGAUCUGAACUGAUUCCGCCCGGACAGGAGAGAGGGCAUUGUAGCUAGCUAAACGUCUGACCUAGUCUCCGCGAUGUCGACGCAACUACGGACUUUUAAAUCCCUAUAAAAGUAAUACUAAAGUCAUAAUGACUAUUCCUAAAGAUAUUCCUGAAAAGUGGUUCCCCGUCGUAUUUCCUCUACAACGGAAGAAACAAGGACUCGAUGCGGCCAAAACGAAACAGAAAGGGACAGAGGAGGAGAGGAAAGUCCGGGCCAAUGACAGAGAGUACAAUGAGAAGUUCCAGUAUGCGAGUAACUGCAUCAUGACGUCAAAGUACAACAUCAUCACCUUUUUGCCCGUUAACCUGUUUGAGCAGUUCCAGGAAGUGGCCAACACCUACUUCCUGUUCCUCCUCAUACUGCAGCUGAUCCCUCAGAUCUCCUCUCUCUCCUGGUUCACCACCAUCGUGCCUUUAGUUCUCGUGCUGAGCAUCACUGCAGUAAAGGAUGCCACUGACGACUAUUUCCGUCACAAGAGUGACAACCAGGUGAAUAACCGCCAGUCUCAGGUCCUCAUCCAUGGCUGCCUGGAGAAGGAGAAGUGGAUGAAUGUUCGAGUGGGUGAUAUAAUUAAACUGGAAAACAAGCAGUUUGUGGCCGCUGACCUGCUCCUGUUGUCCAGCAGUGAACCUCAUGGGCUGUGUUACAUUGAGACCGCUGAACUUGACGGGGAGAGCAACAUGAAAGUGCGCCAGUCGUUGUCUGUGACAUCAGAACUGGGUGACCCCAACGACCUCGCCACCUUCAACGGUGAGGUGGUGUGUGAGCCCCCUAACAACAAGCUGGAUCGUUUCCAUGGGACCCUGUUCUGGAAAGACAGCACAUACAGCCUGAGCAACCAGAACAUGCUACUGCGAGGCUGUGUCCUGCGCAACACAGAGACCUGCUACGGCCUGGUCAUCUUCGCAGGUCCAGACACCAAGCUGAUGCAGAACAGCGGUCGCACCAAGUUCAAACGCACAAGUAUCGACCGCCUCAUGAACACCCUGGUCCUCUGGAUCUUUGGCUUCCUGGUGUGCAUGGGAGUGAUCCUGGCGGUGGGCAACGCGGUGUGGGAGCGUGAGGUGGGACAGCUGUUCCAGAGCUACCUUCCCUGGGACCUUCCUGUCGACAACUUCCUGUUCUCCGCCUUCCUCUCCUUCUGGUCCUAUGUCAUCAUCCUGAACACCGUGGUGCCCAUCUCGCUCUACGUCAGUGUGGAGGUGAUCAGGCUGGCUCACAGCUACUUCAUUAACUGGGACAGGAGGAUGUUCUGUCCUGUCUGCAACACAGCAGCAGAGGCCAGGACCACCACCCUCAACGAGGAGCUGGGGCAGGUGGAGUACAUCUUCAGUGACAAGACAGGAACUCUCACUCAGAACAUCAUGACCUUCAACAAGUGCUCCCUCAACGGACAGGCCUAUGGUGAGAUGAUGGACACACUGGGAUCACAACCCCAGAGGUUGGACUUCUCCACAUUCAACCCUCUGGCAGAUCCAGACUUCUGUUUCUAUGACGUCAGUCUGCUGGAGGCGGUGAAGGUGGGGGACCCCCACACACACGAGUUCUUCCGCCUGCUGUCUCUCUGUCACACCGUCAUGAGCGAGGAGAAGAGUGAGGGGUCUCUGGUGUACAAGGCUCAGUCUCCAGAUGAGGGCGCUCUGGUGACGGCAGCUCGGAACUUUGGCUUUGUGCUGCGCUCGCGGACGCCUGGCACGGUCACCAUCACCGAGCUGGGCCGCCAGGUGACCUACACGCUGCUCGCUAUCCUGGACUUCAACAACAUCCGCAAGAGGAUGUCUGUCAUAGUGCGUAGCCCACAGGGCAGGAUCAGACUGUACUGUAAGGGAGCAGACACUCUGCUGUUUGAGAGGCUGCACCCCUCCAGCCAAGAGCUGAUGAUCAUCACCCUGGAUCACCUCAACGAGUGGGCAGCGGAGGGCCUGCGGACCCUGGUUCUGGCCUACAGGGACCUGUCAGAGGAGCAGUGGGAGGACUGGGCUGAGAGCCAUCGCCGUGCCGACACAGCCACCGAUCACCGUGACGACCGGCUGGCCGCUGCCUACGAGCAGAUAGAACAGGACAUGGUGCUCCUGGGGGCCACAGCCAUAGAAGACAAGCUCCAGGAGGGGGUUCCUGAGACUAUCGCUGUUCUGUCCCUCGCCAACAUCAAGAUCUGGGUCCUGACUGGAGACAAGCAGGAGACAGCUGUGAACAUCGGCUACUCCUGUAAGAUGCUGACUGACGACAUGACAGAGGUCUUCAUCAUCAGUGGACACACGGUGCACAGUGUGAGAGAGCAGCUCAGGGAAGCAAGGGAGCGCAUGCUAGAGUACUCAGGAGCCAGAACAGAGACAAGGGCCGGGGGAGAGGCCGGGGGAGAGGCCGGGGGGGAGGCCGGGGGGGAGGCCUGCUCCCUUGGGAAUGGGCUGGGGGGAGGAGGGGGAGGAGGGGGAGGAGGGGGAGGGGCUGGGGAGAAGCAGCAGGCCGGCCCCCAGCCCCUCCCCCUCCUCCCCCUCCUCCCCCCUCCUCCCCCUCCUCCCCCUCCUCCCCCCUCCACCCUGCUAGAGAACAUAUCAGGAGAGUUUGCCCUCGUCAUUAAUGGGCACAGCCUGGCCCAUGCACUGGAGGCUGACAUGGAGGGGGAGCUUGUUUUGACAGCGUGUGCGUGCCGGGCGGUCAUCUGCUGCCGGGUGACCCCACUGCAGAAGGCUCUGGUGGUGGAGCUCAUCAAGAAACACAAGAAGGCCGUCACCCUGGCCAUCGGAGACGGGGCCAACGACGUCAGCAUGAUCAAGACGGCUCACAUCGGGGUGGGGAUCUCUGGGCAGGAGGGCAUCCAGGCGGUGCUGGCCAGUGACUACUCCUUCUCCCAGUUCCGCUUCCUGCAGCGCCUCCUGCUGGUGCACGGGCGAUGGUCCUACCUGCGCAUGUGUCGCUUCCUCUGCUACUUCUUCUACAAGAACUUUGCCUUCACCAUGGUGCACUUCUGGUUCGGCUUCUUCUGUGGUUUCUCUGCUCAGACGGUGUAUGACCAGUACUUCAUCACUCUGUACAACAUCCUGUACACCUCUCUCCCAGUGCUGGCCAUGGGGAUAUUUGAUCAGGAUGUUCCAGAGCAUCGCAGUGUGGAGUUCCCCAAGCUGUAUGAGCCAGGCCAGCUGAACCUGCUGUUCAACAAGAGGGAGUUCUUCAUCUGCAUCUCUCAGGGUAUCUUCACCUCGCUGGCUCUGUUCUUCGUCCCCUACGCGGUCCUCUUGGCCACACAGAGCUCCGGGGAGCCCUCGCUGACUACCAGACCUUCCGCCGUCACCACGGCUACGGCCCUGGUCAUCGUGGUCAGUGUGCAGAUUUCUCUGGAUACAGGUUACUGGACUGCUAUAAACCACUUCUUCGUGUGGGGGUCUCUGGGUGUCUACCUCACCAUCAUGUUUUACCAUGCACAGCCAGCUCUCUUCACCAUGUUCCCCAAUCAGCUCCACUUCGUAGGCAGUGCCCAGAGCACAUUGGUUCAGCCGGUGGUAUGGUUGACCAUCGCCUUGGCAACAGUGAUCUGUAUAGUUCCAGUCCUGGCGUUCCGCUUCCUCAAACUGGACCUGAAACCUCAGCUCUCAGACACAGUGCGCUACACCCAGCUAGUCCGUCAGAAGAAGCGUAAGCCGGCAUGUCGGGGUGUGGGCGGAGUCCGGAGUGGGCUGGGCAGCGUCAGCGAGGGCCGUCUGGGAGCGAGGGGCGGGUCUAGGAGGUCUGGCUACGCCUUCGCUCACCAGGAGGGCUUCGGGGAGCUCAUCACCUCAGGGAGGAACAUGAGGCUGUCGUCUCUGGGGCUGGCCAGCUUCGCCUCGCGACACAGCAGCAGCUGGAUCGAUACGCUGCGGAAGAAGAAGCACACCGCCCCCUAGCCAGGCAGCCCCGCCCCCAGCCAGGCCAGCCACGCCUCCGCCCCGCCUCUCUCCAACUCCUCCUCGCUCGUGGGGGGGUCCCAUGACACGCCCCCAGAGGAAGGAGCACACACGCUUCCUGUGGGCCACACUGCUGCUAGCCCCCAGCCUCAUACUCCUCUGGCCCCAGCCUCAGCCCCAGCCCCAGCCCCAGACCAGGCCAGCUUUGCCCCCAUCUCAGUGAGGGCUCCUGGGGGAGACUCUACUGGGGGCUGGUCUCUUGUUCAGGAGGCUCUUCUGGGCUGGAGGGGCGUCGCCGCUCGCAUCAGUGGAGCCAGCGGCCCCGGCCCGCCCCCCGUUACCAAGGAAACCAGCCAUGCCGUGUGACACAGGCAGAGACAGAAGAGAUGAAAGGAGGGAAUACUGGGAGAAUAAACAUUCUAGAGAAUUUUAGCUUGGAAAUGUUUUCGGAAUGGUCACCAAGUAUUGCCAAUAACUGAAGUGUAAGCACACCCAGGCGGAAGUCAGACACACUGUUUGCUGCUACAGCCUGAGACACACUGUGACACAUCGUGGCCUGGGGGUUAUACAACCAGACAACAGACAACCACUUCUGUGUCUCAACCGAAACCACAAAAAAACAAAAGAACAAGAUGCUUUUGCCUUGCAAAUCAACCAUCAGCUGAUUCACUGAGCAACUCUAGCCAACAUGCAUUAUUACCUGUUUUAACUGACAUGUUUGUCAACAUGCUGGAGGAGAGGGCCUUGCAUGGCAGGAGAGCUGUGACCCCUUCAGACCCGUUCAGUGGUUUCUCUGUCCAACUCUUAUGAAAAACACCUCAAAUACUAUUAUUGGGUAAAACUUCGCUCCAAAUCAGAUACUAUGUAAAACAUAUUUGAUUGUAUAAAGUUGAGCACAGAGGAAACAUCAUAUGCUUAAAAACCUUUCCUUCAGUAGCAAGGGUGAGAGCCAAUAGGUGACAAGGAAGACAGAGAAUCGACCAAUGAAAGUAUCAGCCUUGACAAUAUAAGAGCUGUAGUUGUCUUAAAAUUAUAUCUUUAAAGUCUCUGCGUUCACUGAAGUUCUCAGUGAGAACGUUGUUUUAACUUAGCAGAACACAGAACGCCUUCUCUCCUCGUGUCCUGGCCCUUCCUCAUCCUGUUCUUCUUCUUCUGCACCAUAUUGGUGGAUGAUUCGCUUCUACACUGAAUUCUUGUAAGAAAAACCUUGACUCCUUGCUUGGUCUGUACUUCCCACCAUGAGUGUUUCACAGGUCGUUGAUGCGUUUGAUUCGUAUCACCCAGCCUCCCACAGACUCACUGGAUCUUCCAGCUCUGGGGGUCCUUCUAACCCAGUGGCCCUGGGUGAGGGAACCAGAGUGUGGCGACACUCGACCCGCUGUCCUUCCAUGCUGGGCCUGCAGAGAAGAAAAGGAAGAGGUCCCCUGGCCUCAAGCUGCAUCAGAACA